AUGGACGAGUUGUUCGCGCUGUUUGCCAGGGAAGAUGACGAUGGAGAAGGGCCACCAUCGGCCUACGGCGACGAAGGAGAUAAGAUAGAGAUAGACGUGGCAGAAGAGGAAGAGGAAGAGGAGGAAGAGGAAGAAGAACACAUGGAGUACCGCCCAGUGAAACGAUCUCGGUCAGUAGCAGCAGCCGUCUCCCCGGGCGUGCCGGGCGAAGAAGGUGGCAGCAGGCGCGGGGGCAGCGGGGCGGCGGCCAGCAGCGGGCGGCUCAACGACCACGAAGAGGCCAAGGAGGUGAUCGAGAUACUCUCCGACGACGAAGACGCGCAGCCACCACCCGCUCGGAGCGAACUGUUCGAAGACGAUUUGAGAAACCGUCUCUCCGCCAACCUCGAAGUUGACGCUCCUGCUGUAGCAGCAGCGCCCCUGUUUCAAGACGAGUUCUCAAAUCAUGUCGUAGGUGCUACUGCUGCUGACCUCCGUUCUCGCAUGCCAACGGGGGGAGGGGCGGCUAGAUCGAUCGAGCGUGCCGGCGCCGGCAGGGAUCCGCGUGGUGGUUUCAAGGGCGAUGGCGCCCUGGCGAAGCCCCCCGGCGGCGGCAGCGGCGGCGUGAAGAUCGGGUUUUCGAUGAUGGCAUCAUCUGUUGCUGCGAGAUCGCACAAACAGGAAAUGCAGCAGACCUCUGCUGCAGCUACUGGUCAACGCGGCGCGCCCGCGGCCGCUGGCAGCGGCGACGUCGACGUUGUCUUAGGGGAGGGCAAGCCUUCGGUGGAGGAGAAGGACGCUUCGACGCCAGCCAGCAACGGGUCGGCAGGAUGGUUGGGAGGCGUCGUGGCCGCAGCAAAGGCAGCGGUGACUUCGACAAUCAACCCGAGCGAAGAUGAUGUCGGGAUCGGCGGGUCAACAGCAGCAGCGGCGGCGGCGGCGGCUUCGCAAGAGUUGCCGCGGAACUUGGAAUGCGCCAUGUGCUUCAAUCCUCUGGCCGUGGCGGCGCUCUUCGCAUGCGGCCACGGAUCCUGCUGGGAGUGCGCUCACGACUGGUGUUCAAGGGAGACGAGCUCAACGAUGGACUGCCCGACCUGUCACGUAUCAGUUCCAAGAAGCGACUUCCGACGAUGUGUCGUGCUGGAUGAGGUGGUGGACCGAGCUGUGACUGCCGCGGGCAUGGACGAUGACGAAUGGCGGGCUAGGGUGGAGAGAGGGCAGAAGCUCGCGAGGGAGGCGGAAGGCCGCAGGCGCAGCUUGAGAGACGCCCAGCGGAGCGCGGAAGACACGAUCGCUGAGCAGGCGGCAGAGCUGGAGAAACUGCGGGAGGAGGCCAAGUCUCGCCGGGUGGGGCGUCGUGCUCUGCGUGCUCAAGACGGCUCCACGUCGUCCAUGGCGGACUUCGGCUUCCGGGUUUUGAACGGGGGCAACCUUACGGGCCGUCGCCGCGGUUUCUUCGACCCGGCCUCUCAGAGAUCCGCUGUCGAGGAGUACACCCGCCGCAGAGUCGAGGAGGCAGCGGUGGCGGCCGGGCCGGCGAGCUCGUCUCGCCAGGCCCGCGUGGCCGCCGCAGGCGAAGCCGCUGCCGCGGCCGCCGCCGCUUUGGGCAUGCCCCCUUCGGCGGCGUACGGAGUGGUGGGACCGAGAGGCCAUGCCCACCACCACCCACUUUCGGCGGCGGCGGCGGCGGCGGGGUCCGCAGGCUUCGGGCACGCGGAGGGGGACCCAUGGUUUUCUCUGAGGCCUAGUCAGCCGAACAGGGGGGCGAUGGGUGCGAUGGCGCCUGGCAGGCGGAUGGCUCGAGAGACGGCCGGGAGGGGCGGGAGCUCCGGCAGCAGCGCUGGCAGCUCGGCGGCAGCGGCGGCGACUAUAGGGCUCGGCCAGCCGGCGGGGGCGGCGUUGAAGUCGGUGCACGGACACGGGCGGGUGGGCGGCGGCGGUACCAACUGGCGCUCGUCGGCGUACCUCAACCCGGGCCGCUUGUCCCUGUCGGGCGGAGCAGGCGGGGGCGGGGGUGGCGACCGCACGCGGCUCCACGGCAGCAGCGCCCGCGCGGACCCCCGGGGGGAUACCGACGUGAACGUCGGGCCUGCUGCCGCCGGGACCCCCCUCGAAGGCGGCAACCUGACCAACCCGGGAGGAGGCCCCGGGAGAAGCUUUACGGUGCAAGUCCCGGCUCGAUCGAUUCGCAAGGCGCACGGCCUGAGCGGCCUGCACGGAGGCGGCGCCAUCGCGAGCGGGGGCCCCGCGGGAUCUGCUGCCGCCGUGGCGGGCACGUUGUCGUCUUACCCCAACCCUUUGGCGAACGGAGUAGGCCUGGCGCCGCCGCCGUGUUCGUCGCCAAGCCUGCACUACAGUAGCUCCGGCGGGAGCCAGCCUUCGAGGGGCGGUGGCGGCGGCGGCGGCGGCGGUGGCUUGCCUUUCGGCGGGCGCACCCACGGGAGGGCGGCGGCGGCGGCGGUGGCACCCUCGCCAGCACCGAUGCUCGACCUUGAUGAUCUUAUGGCCGGGCAUGACGAUGCUGGCUCUCGGUCGGAGUGGGACGAUGUGCUGGCCUCUAUUUCUACUCCGAUGCAAGCGACCGAUGACGCCCGUUCGAAUUCUCCGGGAGCAACGCGUGGCUGAGAAAUGGUUCCGGUUCUGCGCUUUGACGACAGCGGCAGAGUCGGCUCUGGGGUGUGUCAUGUUGGAACAUGCCCGCUGUGGGAACACGGUUAAAAAACUUCUUUUUUAUUAUUGUGAAUGCAACGCAAGGGGAGAAGGAUAGAGUCGGUUGACGCUUCAAGUGCUGACAUCUUGCGUGCGUGUCCCUUACCGUACGCACAAGAUCCUGAGGGGGGGCGGGGGCUGCCACUAUCAGUGACGCCGUCGCCCCCUUGGUGACGGUUAUUUCACGGCCCUUGGUUGACUGCUGCCGUGUGUCUCGUCAUCGCAGACGCCUUUUUUUCUACCGCUGGAAGAAAGGUUACGGGUCAACGAGAGUUCCGUGUCUCACUCAGCGCUUGGAGGAUCGCUCUGUUUUUUUGUGGUUUCGGAGACGUACAUUUUUUGAAGAAAGAAUUUUGAAUGUCGAUGGUUUAGCAUGAGUGUUUCGUUGUUGUGUUGUGUGAGGUGAUUUUUUUAGAUUUGAGAGGAACGAAAGUGUGGUGCUUGGGUUGGACUGUAGCAUCCUCAGGAAGACAAGUAGGUGUUGGCGUAAGUUUUGUCGACAUUGGAUGGUGCGGAACCGGCGGGGAAAAGUAGGCGUUCCGUUAGCAAAGAUUUUUCACCUAACGAGAGGCGUGAAACAUCGUAGGGCUAAAUUUGUAACACAAGGUUUAGGGAGGACUUCAUCCGGGUGAAGUUAGAAUCGCGGGGUGCCGAGUAGCCUUUGCUUCAAGAAAGGCCGGGAGGAAUGUUUUGGCCUCUCUUCGGUAUUGCAAAACAAAACGUAAGUUUUAUUUGUGUGUCCAACGUUCGUCUGGUUAAGUUGUUUUUUUUGUGCCCAACGUUGGCCUGGUUAGUUGCGAGUGUGCAUGUUUAACUGUCGGCUUUCGGGCCACGCUUACAUCCGAGUCUGGAUCAUCUGUCCUUGUCUGUAUGCGCUGUGGUGUAAAAAUAUGAACACGUGUGAACUUUGGUCCGGUAGCCGUUGGAAGCUAGUGGCUUUCAGCUCCAUCGCUGGGUUUGUCCGUCAUGGCAAUGAGACCACCAAGGUGCCAUCAGGCCUCUGCCCUUGCCACAACCUACCGCGCCGGGUAUUUCCUUCAGCUCGGCUCAGGUUUAGCUCCAGUAGAUGAAUUCGUACAGC